UCAAAUGUCCUCAGAACAAAAAUAUGGUUAAGAGGAAGCGGGUGAUUCGCCUUAUGAUUGUUUGUUUAUGUUAAUUACCGCAGCUGUUGAUUGCAAUGAAAGAUUAGCUCUUGUACGCAGCUGACGUUAUUCAGAGUCCCCGUGACAUUCAAAGACCACCGUAGUGUUUGAAGAAACUUAAAGGGGCAGCAACUCGGCAGAUUCAAUUGUCGUCAUGGCGGAUACCUCUCCUAAUAACACCCUGACAUCCCUCGCCCGUGCAUUGUCCCAUCAUAAACUGGACCUGGUGGAAUCCAAUGAAGUGUUUUUGCCUCGCAAUGCUCAGGUGCAUCCGUGCCGAAGGAGACAAUUGUCGAGCUGCGGGUCGUUCGAUUCCACCGAGCAAGCCACCUCACCGAGCGCCACCGAAGCGCGCGUCUUGGUCAUCAACACGGGAGGGACCAUCGGAAUGACGCUUCUUGACAACGUUCUUGCACCUAAAGCAAAUGCUUUUGUGAAGAGUUUGCGUAAGCUGCCCAUCCUCCAUGAUGAGCUGUAUGCCCAGCAGACCUGCUUGUACGACUACUAUGGAUCUGAGCACACCCUAGUCCUGCCUAUGAGUAAAAACAAGAAGAGGAUCGUCUAUACUAUUAUAGAGUAUAGCCCUUUGCUGGACUCCUCAAAUAUGACCACAGACGACUGGGGUAGAAUUGGAAAAGACAUUGAGAAAAACUAUGAAAGCUAUGAUGGCUUUGUGGUCCUUCACGGCACAGACACCAUGGCCUACACAGCAUCUGCAUUGUCCUUCAUGUGUGAACAUUUGGGGAAGCCCGUCAUCCUCACCGGCUCGCAGGUGCCUAUCUAUGAGAUGAGAAAUGAUGGCAGAGACAACCUGCUGGGGGCACUGUUGAUCGCUGGCCAAUUUCUUAUUCCUGAGGUGUGCCUGUAUUUCUACAACAAGCUCUACAGAGGAAACCGUGUGACCAAGGUGGAUGCUGGGAGUUUCAAUGCAUUCUCAUCCCCUAAUUUGGCCCCUCUCGCCACUGCGGAGGUGGACAUUGCAAUUAACUGGGACACCGUGUGGAGGGCAAACACCACAGCUAAGUUUCAAGUCCGCACUGAGCUCAACCGGAAUGUCGGCCUGCUGAGGCUUUUCCCAGGAAUAACUGCAGCAACUGUGAGGGCCUUCCUGCAACCGCCCAUGGAGGGUGUGGUUCUGGAGACCUAUGGCAGUGGAAACGCCCCAGAUAACCGACCUGACUUGUUGGAGGAGUUGAAGAAGGCCACCGACUCCGGCGUCAUCAUCAUUAACUGCACCCAGUGUUUGAGAGGGACGGUGUCUACAUCCUACGCCACAGGCAAGGUCUUGAUAGAUGCAGGGCUGAUAGCGGGUGGUGACAUGACUCCAGAGGCCGCCCUGUCGAAGCUGUCCUAUGUCUUGGCCAAGACGGAGAUAGGGUUUGACGCUAAGAAAAAGAUGAUGAGCCAGAACCUGCGAGGUGAGAUGAGUGCUGACUUGGCCGGAGCCAAGUUGUGUCUGAGUGACAGUCAAUUCAUCCAGGUCAUUGCCAAGUCUCUGAGCAUUAGCUGCAAAGAGGAACUGCAGGCCAUCCGUGAUGCUCUGACCCCCCCAUUGGCAUGUGCGGCCACAAAGAUUGGCGACAUCGAGGCUUUACAAGCCUUAAAAGAAAUGGGCAGUAACUUGUGUCUGGGUGACUAUGACGGACGGACCCCCCUGCACAUCGCCGCCUGUGAGGGACACCUUAAAGUGGUGGAGUACCUGCUGACUCUCGGAGCCACGGUUUACGCGAAAGAUCGUUAUGGAGACACACCCUUGUGCAACGCUGUACGCUUCAGGCACAAGGAAGUCGUCAAGCUCCUCAGAAAGACAGGAGCCCACUUCUCCCGGGAUAAGCUGGAAGAAGCUGGAACCGAACUGUGCAGCCUGGCAGCCAGCGGCGACGUGGAGGGCCUGGAAAUAUGGAGUCUAGCUGGAGCUGAUCUGAAUAAACCAGGCUAUGAUGGGCAGACAGCAAUUGAAGUGGCUAAAGCUGUUGGUCAAGCGGAAGUGGUGGCCUUUUUACUGCACCCCCUGAGCAGAAAACCAAAGACUGCAUUUGCAGAAUUGAAUGAAUAUGAUGAUGAGUAUGAUGAUGAGGAAGAGGAGAACGGCGGCAUCAUCGAAUUUACAGCUUCUCCGGCAAGAAUGUGAAUUGUCUCCAAUUGGUCUCGGUCAACUCCUUGCGUCGACUUCCUCCAGAACCGUCCUCAUUGCGCCAUCCACACCAACACGGCGGUUAUACAUGGCUAUACCGUCUGUAAUGUAAUAGUUUUAUAAGCACAACACUGCUUUGGGUGCAAAAUAUGGCGCUCAAUAUUAAUACGAGUUGGAUUGAAAUAUUGGAUUCAUUGUGGAUGUGAAGGUUUUAAUUUAAAAAAAGCUUUUAUUUUGUACGUCCAAAAAGGGACAGUUGGAACACUGUCUGGUUACUGUGCGUAUACCAAGAAAUUCAAAUCCAGGGUUCUAUUUUUAUAUUUAUUUUUGUAAUAUAAGAUGACACGGAAAAAAAGGCUUAUUUUCUUGGUGCGGACGUCCGUCUACUCUGGUCAGAUAUCUACAAGAGGUGUCAUGUCCUGCUGGAGAACACGUGUAACAAGAGGUGUGAAGGGACUUAGCAGACUCAUCCAGCCUGUUCCGUCAGCCCACUGUUGAGCUGGAAGAGUGGCAUAGCUCUCUCUCUCCGACACAACUGGCAAUUUCAGUUCAAGGUUGCUGUAGUUUCUGUCAUAUUUUCUAUGUAUUUUAUUUCUUCCUUUAUUUGGACAAAUCAUGUAGCCUGACUUUUCUCUUUCUUUCCUGUGCUAACUUGCUUCUCUGUAAUGUUUGUGGUUAAAAACAGAUUGUCCUGCUGUUUGGCAAAGAAUGUAAAAGUGCAUUUUUGACACUGUAUGUGUCAAAAAAGAAAGCAACUGUAUAAAAUCUUUUAAUAAUUGAUUCAUAUUGAUGUUGAUUUAAAUAUUUUAGCUAAAAAUGCUACAAGGAGUUAAGCGAUACUUUGCUACAUAAAUACUCAUUCCCAGUACAGCCAUAUCCAAUGAAAUUGAUUAGAAUUCUGACGUUACCAGGAUCCUUCACACUGUUGCAACUGAUGCUGCUUAUCAUAAAACUGUCAAUAUGAAGAAUUAAUAAAGGUUUUCUUCAUU